AUCAAAAGCUUCGUUUGGUUGUUCAGAAUGGCCACCAAUAUCCAGCACUCGAAAAAACGUGUUUGCUAUUACUACGAUGGUGACAUCGGAAACUACUACUAUGGCCAGGGUCAUCCAAUGAAGCCGCAUCGUAUGCGUAUGACCCAUAACCUCAUCUUGAACUAUGGACUCUACCGUCGCAUGGAAAUCUAUCGACCCCACAAAGCCACCCAGGAAGAGAUGACCAAGUACCACAGCGACGAGUACAUCCGCUUCCUUCGUUCGAUUCGACCAGACAAUAUGAGCGAGUACAACAAGUUCAUGCAGAAAUUCAACGUGGGUGAAGAUUGCCCGGUGUUUGACGGACUUUACGAAUUCUGCCAGCUGUCGACCGGCGGUUCAGUCGCGGGCGCUGUCAAGCUCAACAAGCAGGCCACCGAUAUCGCAGUCAAUUGGUCUGGCGGACUUCAUCACGCGAAAAAGUCAGAGGCCUCUGGUUUCUGUUACGUUAACGAUAUCGUGCUCGCCAUCCUGGAACUUCUCAAGUACCAUCAGAGGGUUCUGUACAUCGAUAUCGAUGUUCAUCACGGCGACGGUGUGGAAGAAGCAUUCUACACAACCGACCGUGUCAUGACAGUAUCGUUCCACAAAUACGGGGAAUACUUCCCCGGAACUGGGGAUCUCCGCGAUAUCGGAGCUGGGAAAGGAAAGUACUACGCUGUGAACUUCCCCCUCCGCGACGGAAUCGACGACGAACAGUACACCGAAGCAGUAUUCAAGCCUCUGAUGACCAAAGUCAUGGAAAUGUACCAACCGAGCGCUGUCGUGCUCCAGUGCGGAGCGGAUUCGCUCUCGGGCGACCGCCUUGGUUGCUUUAAUCUCACGCUCAAGGGUCACGGUCGAUGCGUCGAAUUCAUGAGGAAAUUCAACGUGCCGCUCCUUCAACUCGGCGGAGGCGGCUACACCAUCCGAAACGUGUCCCGUUGUUGGACCUACGAGACAGCGGUGGCCUUAGGCGUCGAGAUCGCCAACGAGCUGCCGUACAACGAUUACUUCGAAUAUUUCGGACCCGACUUCAAACUUCAUAUCUCGCCGUCGAACAUGGCCAACCAGAAUUCACCGGAAUACGUCGACAAGAUCCGCACGAGGCUUUUCGAGAACCUCCGGAUGCUGCCUCAUGCGCCGUCGGUGCAGAUGCAAACUACACCCGAGGACGCGAUCGACACCGAUAAGGCCAAGGCCGAAGACGACGAAGCGGCUGAUUCCGGCAAGAACGAUGAGCAGCGGAUCAGCAUUCGGCACUCGGAGAAGCGAGUGGCCAAUGAAGAGGAGUUCUCCGAUUCGGAAGACGAGGGGAGCGGUCAACGGAGGGACAUGAGAACCCACAAGCCCAAACGUCACAAGAAGGGUUCUCAAGGGGGGGAUACCGAGGAUACAUCGGACGCUAAGACUGAGCCUGACACGAAAGAAGAGAAAGCCGAUGCCAAAGCUUGA